GAAAAUUGUCCCGGUUGCCAGAUAGAGAGAAUCAAAGCAUCGAAAACAGGCUGGCCUCUUCGAGAAAUCAUUAUUGUAUGCCUUGUCUUGUGCAAAACAUUGCCGAUAUCUUCCCUUUUUCCUUACCAAUAUUUUAUGGUUAGGGACUUCAAUGUGGCAACACAUGAAGAAGAUAUAGGUUACUAUGCUGGAUACGUUGGUUCCUCUUUUAUGUUGGCCAAAUCAGUGACGUCUGUGAUCUGGGGUCUCAUUGCCGAUCGCUACGGCCGGAAACGUGUUCUACUGCUGGGGACCUCGACAAUGGUUGUCGCCAAUAUUUUGUUUGGGCUUAGUAUGAACUUCUGGAUGGCAGUGUCCAUGAGGGCUCUUCUUGGCUGUCUAAAUGGUUUAAUUGGAACGACAAAGGCAUAUGCAAGUGAGAUUUUCAGAGAAGAUCACAAGCUCUUUAUGUUUUCAAGAACUACCGCAUGCAUGCAUAUUGCAUUCGCUUACGUACCAGAAGAGUGGCGUAUCUGCGGAUUAUUAUAUUAUUAA